AUGUCCUCUUCCUCCCCCACCGGGCAGAUUGCAAGUGCGGCGGACAUCAAGCAGGAGAAUGGGAUGGAAAGCGCCUCGGAAGGACAGGAGGCGCACCGAGAAGUGGCGGGGGGCGCGGCGGCUGGGCUGAGCCCCCCGGCUCCAGCCCCUUUCCCUCUGGAGCCGGGGGACGCCGCGGCUGCCUCCAGGGUAAGCCGGGAGGAAGGGACAGCGGCGGCCGGAGCGGCAGAUCAGGUACAACUCCACUCGGAACUUCUGGGCAGGCACCAGCACACAGCCGCCGCGCAGCCCCCGCUGGCCUUCUCGCCGGACCACGUCGCCUGCGUGUGCGAGGCGUUGCAGCAGGGGGGCAACCUGGACCGCCUGGCCCGGUUCCUGUGGUCCCUGCCCCAGAGCGACCUGCUACGUGGCAACGAGAGCCUUCUGAAGGCGCGAGCGCUCGUGGCCUUCCACCAGGGCAUCUACCCUGAGUUGUACAGCAUCCUCGAGAGCCACAGCUUCGAGUCGGCCAACCAUCCGCUGCUGCAGCAGCUCUGGUACAAGGCGCGCUACACCGAGGCCGAGCGAGCGCGCGGCCGGCCGCUGGGCGCCGUGGACAAAUACCGGCUGCGCAGGAAAUUCCCCUUGCCCCGCACCAUCUGGGACGGCGAGGAGACGGUGUAUUGUUUCAAGGAGAAGUCGCGCAACGCGCUCAAGGAGCUCUACAAGCAGAAUCGCUACCCCUCGCCCGCCGAGAAGAGGCACCUAGCCAAGAUCACCGGCCUCUCCCUCACCCAGGUCAGCAACUGGUUCAAGAACCGGCGGCAGCGCGACCGGAAUCCCUCCGAGACCCAGUCCAAAAGUGAAUCAGAUGGCAACCCCAGCACUGAAGAUGAAUCCAGCAAGGGACACGAGGAUUUGUCUCCUCACCCACUUUCGGGUGCAUCUGACGCCGUCACCAACCUCAGCCUUUCCAGCCACAUGGAGCCAGUAUACAUGCAACAAAUUGGAAAUGCUAAGAUAUCACUAAGCUCCUCUGGAGUUUUGUUGAACGGAAGCCUGGUACCUGCAAGUACUUCACCUGUCUUCCUUAACGGCAAUUCUUUUAUUCAGGGACACAAUGGAGUUAUCCUUAAUGGGCUGAAUGUGGGAAAUACACAGACAGUAUCACUGAACCCACCAAAAAUGUCUUCAAACAUUGUGAGCAAUGGCGUAGCCAUGACAGACAUCCUGGGAUCCACCUCCCAGGAUGUGAAGGAAUUCAAAGUCCUCCAGAGUUCUGCUGUGAACUCAGCCGCCACCAGCUCCUACAGCCCUAGCGCCCCCGUGUCAUUCCCAGGGCUGAUACCCUGCACUGAGGUGAAAAGAGAAGGCGUCCAGACAGUGGCCUCCCAGGAUGAGGGCUCUGUGGUGACUUUUACUACACCCGUGCAAAUAAACCAGUACGGCAUUGUCCAGAUCCCCAAUUCCGGAGCAAAUGGCCAGUUCCUUAACGGGAGCCUUGGAUUCUCUCCGCUGCAGCUGCCUCCUGUCUCGGUAGCAGCUUCACAAGGUAACAUUUCAGUAAAUUCAAGCACUUCAGAUGGAAGCACAUUUACAAGUGAGUCCACCACCGUCCAGCAUGGCAAACUUUUCCUGAGCCCUCUUGCCCCCAGUGCAGUGGUCUACACUGUUCCUAAUUCAGGCCAGACUGUAGGAGCUGUGAAACAGGAAGGGUUAGAAAGAGGCCUGGUUUUUUCCCAGCUGAUGCCUGUCAAUCACAAUGCACAAGUAAACGCAAGCCUGUCCUCUGAGGAUAUCUCUGGGAGUGGCCUCCAUCCCCUGGCCUCUUCGCUGGUUAAUGUGUCCCCAGCUCACAGUUUUUCCCUGUCUCCCCCUACACUACUAAAUCCCGCUGAGCUAAACCCUGACCUUGCUGAGAGCCGGCCAAUGUCUGCACCUGUGGCAAGCAAAUCUACUGUGACCUCUGUCAGCAAUACUAACUAUGCAACCCUUCAGAACUGUUCCCUUAUUACCAGUCAAGACCUAUUGUCGGUCCCCAUGACUCAGGCUGCCCUGGGGGAAAUUGUUCCUGCCCCUGAAGAGCCCGUGAGUCAUUCCUCGCCAGCAGUCCACCAGGAUUUUGUCAGAGAACAUCGCUUGGUCCUGCAGUCGGUAGCUAACAUAAAAGAGAAUUUCUUACAAAAUUCUGAGAACAAAGCAACAAACAACUUAAUGAUGUUGGACUCCAAAUCCAAGUAUGUCCUGGAUGGCAUGGUUGAGACUGUCUGUGAAGAGCUGGGAACGGACAAGAAAGAGCUGGCCAAGCUCCAAACCGUCCAACUGGACGAAGAUAUGCAAGACUUAUAAGCCUGAUCCACUACGCACAUACCCCUUUUCUCCUUCAUCAGCAGCGAUUUUUUUUUCCCUGUGAAGCCCUGAAGAUGGGGAACCUUUACUCGUUUAGAGGAAUGCACCCUACUUGUGCGAGCAAAUAUAUUUGGAUCGGUCUGCAUGAAGAUCAUAGUUAAAUGUACAGGGGUGGAGCUACAGAAGCCGUUCUGUUCUCAUCAUAUUGGCUUUGGAAUACAUGGCGACAAGGCAGUAGGAGAAGCCUAUCAAACCAUCAUAAAGCAUUUAGUCAGCCAUAUAAGUCUAAGGCUAGAAUGGAACAUGAUAGUCUUCUAACUUUAAAAUGUGUACACCUAACUUAGACACUUAAAUAAGAGCUACAGGCUGUUAGAAGCAAUGUGGUUGGUUUUUGUUUACUUUUCCUCGAUGGGCAUUGAGAUGGUUAAGAAAUAACGGUACUCUGGAUUAUUAUAAGGGUAUAUUUUUCAAAUUAAGUAGCUUAUAUAUGUGUGUGUCCAUACACACAUUCAGCAUUUUCAGCAUUUGGGGGAAAGACUUGGUUUUGUCUCUACGUGUUUCCAAGUGUGACUGCUAAUAGUUAUAUGUAGCAGAGAAAGUUUGAAACUCCACUAAACUCUGACACAACUUGGGUAUGAAUGUAAA